GGCUCAUGUCGUCUCCUCCUCUACACGGGCUCUCUUCUGUCGGUCACCUCUCACGGGACCCGCCGCCUCGGUCAUGGAGCCCCCGGGACAAGUGCAGCUAUUUGGGCCUGUCUCACGGCAACCUGCGAGUCCACUACAAAGGUCAUGGGAAAACAUCAAAAGAUGCUGCUUCGGUGCGCUCAACACACCCGAUUCCAGCAGCUUGUGGAAUCUUUUACUUUGAAGUGAAAAUUAUAAGUAAAGGUAGAGAUGGAUACAUGGGAAUUGGUCUCUCCACUCAGGGUGUCAAUCUGAACAGACUUCCAGGUUGGGACAAGCAUUCCUAUGGUUACCAUGGUGAUGAUGGGCAUUCGUUCUGUUCUUCUGGCACUGGGCAGCCAUAUGGGCCAACUUUCACAACCGGUGACGUCAUUGGCUGUUGCGUAAACCUAAUUGACAACACCUGUUUCUAUACCAAGAAUGGACACAGUCUAGGCAUUGCAUUUACAGACCUCCCGCCGAACUUGUAUCCUACAGUGGGACUGCAGACCCCAGGAGAAGUAGUUGAUGCAAAUUUUGGACAAAGUCCCUUUGUGUUUGACAUAGAAGAUUACAUUAGAGAAUGGAGAUCCAAAAUACAGGCACAGAUUGAGAGGUUCCCUGUUGGAGGCGAGUGGCAGUCCAUGAUACAAAGGAUGGUUUCUUCAUAUCUUGUGCACCAUGGAUAUUGUUCUACAGCAGAAGCCUUUGCCAAAUCUACAGACCAGACUGUGCAGGAAGAAUUAGCAUCUAUUAAAAAUAGACAGAGAAUUCAGAAACUGGUAUUGUCAGGAAGAAUGGGGGAAGCCAUUGAAACAACUCAACAAUUAUAUCCAAGUUUGCUAGAAAGAAAUCCUAAUCUUUUAUUCACCUUAAAAGUGCGUCAGUUUAUAGAAAUGGUCAAUGGCACAGACAGUGAAGUAAGAUGUUUAGGAAAUCGCAGCCUUAAAUCUCUUGAUGGCUGCUCAGGUUCUGACAGCAACUGCAGCAAUGGAAUAAUAUCAAACAAGGCUCAUCAGACGCAUUGUCAUAGCAAAUCCCAGUCUUCUAACCUAAAUGUAACAGAACUUAACAGCAUAAACAUGACAAUGUCACAUCAACUUAACAGCUACUCCAGCAAUGAUGUAGAAAUGGAGACUGAUCAUUAUUCCAAUGGCUUUUCAGCAUCCACGUCCAAUGGCUUCCUCAAUGGCAGCUCAAGGCAUGAGCCUGAACUGGAAGAAUGUGACACUGAGAUGGAAGUUGAUACUUCUCACGGCCGACGUCAGCUGUGUGGAGGCAGCCAAGCUGCAGUUGAGAGAAUGAUUUGCUUUGGGAGAGAGCUACAAGCCAUGAGCGAGCAAUUAAGGAGAGAACGUGGGAAAAAUGCAACCAACAAAAACAUGCUUAAGGAUGCAUUCAGUUUACUAGCAUAUUCUGAUCCCUGGAAUAGCCCAGUUGGGUACCAGCUUGACCCCAUACAGAGAGAGCAUGUGUGCUCCUCACUUAACAGUGCAAUACUAGAUAUCCACAAUUUGCCAAAGCAGCCCCCACUUUCCCUGGCAUUAGAACAGGCCUCUCAGUGCCUGGAGAUGAUGGCUCAGUGUGGCAUUGGUUCAUGUGCAUUUGCAAGGGUGGCGGAUUAUUUACACUAGCUAUGCAGUAGAACAUUUCUGAGUUUAACCAGAUUUAUGCAGUAUGGGAAUAAAGUAGGACACUUAGUACCCCUUUACUUUGCAUUUUGGUUUUUUUUUUUAAUUAUUAUUAUUAUUUAAUCAUCUCAUUUGUACCAGGCACGUUUCUUUCCUGAACUUUAGACGCUUUCAUUUCUAAAAAAAGGUGGUGCAUAUUGUUGUGUCUUUCUAUUUUGGCAUAACAGCAAUACGUCGAUUUGAUUCUAAUGAAACUCGCCAGUGUUGAGCAUCUUCCCAGCGACUGGACUGGAAUAUGUUAAAUAAUGUGAGUUUUUAAAGAAAGGAAAAGGGGGGUGGUUGGAGUUUGUGAUUAGUGGGUGCAUAAGUCCUUUCAUUCACUGCUUAGCUGUGCAGUAGUGAGGACACAGGAGUUGCAGUUUGUUUCUUUGUUUCUUUUUUUUUUUUUAAUAUCGGAGAUUUUGGUGUAGUCCUUCAUUUCCAGAUCUCUAGUGGCUGUAAUAUUAUAUGAUUGUUGUGAACCUGCACGCACUGUGAUUACAGAUGAAAACCCUUACCAAGCCUGGCUGCAAAUGAUGCAAUUGUGUAUGUUAACAUGGCAAGGCUGAUACAUGGAGAUCACCCCCAUAUUGCUUCUGGUAAUUCUAUUGCGUUUCAAAGCAGAAUGCGGUGGGACUUCUCUAAGCUCUUACGUCUGCUGUGAGCAUCCCGAGGGCGACGUAUUGUGAGGCAGCAGAAGCUGAAGGUCCCACAGUGUGUGUGAUAUAGCUAGCUUACGUGUUUUCUUCCCUCCACCAUACAGGCUGCCACUCGCUUCACCAACAUGGCCGUGUGCCACAGCCUCAUACUUAAGGGCCAACAAAGCAGACAGAGUUUUAACGACAAGCGUUUUUCUCUUUAUCACUCAGCUCGAUGUGUAGGAGUGUAUUGCCCUGAAAGCAACAGGUCCAACAGCCCAGUCCAUCUCUGCUGUAUGUCGGCAGCACAGCAGGGCCCUAUUUGAUAAGAUGCGAAGAACUUUUCUCUUUGUUAUAACAUAGAUAAACUUUCCAUUAUAUUAAAUAGGGAGACGUGGUUAAUUCUUUGUAGAAACAACCAAAUAUUUAGUCUUUAAAAAAAAGUGUCUUAAUUUCAUGUUUGUAUCCUUUAAUUUUUAAGUGCAAAAAUAAGUUGCAAUAAAACUGUAACUGUACGUAAAUUAAUCAGCAAAUAAAAGUUUAAUUCUGGACACA